CACAGCAAAGCAUGCGAUCGGCCACCCUUGCGCCCAUGGUCUCCGCCGAUCCCAGCUGACCCAUGGAUGAAACGGGUUUCCAUCAGGCCAGCGCGGAACCGUCACCCUACAUGGUCGUGCAGGGUUGCGCCUUCCCGAAACAGAGGCUUUGAGAUUGUUUAUCGCAAUUCUUCCAUGGGGUGGAAGAAGACGAUGCCCCCAGAUAUAUUUAUUUCUCUCAUGGCCUUCCUUCCCCGCGCUUCCCAAUCGCCAUCCCUUCCUAUCCCUCUCUUCUCCGCCUUCAGCUCUCCCGUUUCCCUCCCCUUCUCGAACCUCUGGAACGUUGAGGCUUGAAGGUGCUGGUCUGAUCACGGAUCGCCAAAUCCAAGCAAUUGCGUCCAUUCCUGCUCGACCAGCAACCGGGCACACCCGACCCGGAUUCCGAUCACGUAGUACACUGCACCCAACGUCGCCAUGAAGUAUUCGACCUUGUUCGUGGGGUUGAUAUCCCUUGCGGCCGUCAAUUGCAGAUCUACUGACGAUCUUGAAAUUGUCCAGGUUGAGAAUCUCCACCAUGUGCCUGAGGGAUGGAAGGAGGUCGGCGCGCCAGCUCCAAGCCGCAAGCUUCUUUUCCGAAUCGCAGUCCACCAGCCCAAUCAUGACCUCUUCGAUCAGACUUUAAUACAGAUUUCAACGCCAAGUCAUCCGAGAUAUGGCCAACAUCUCAAGCGUCAUGAGGUGAAGGAGCUGAUCAAGCCAUUACCUGAAUCCACCGAUGCUGUGUUGAAGUGGCUUGCAGACUCGGGCAUCCCAUCAAAGGAUGUGGAAGACGAUGGAGAUUGGAUCAAUUUUGUUGCUCCUCUUUCGAAGGCUGAAGACAUGAUGCACACGACUUUCAAGACGUAUCAAAACACCGUACGCGAAGAUAUCAAAAGGAUCCGUGCCACUCACUACUCAGUUCCAAAAGUAGUGCGUCAGCACAUUGACAUGAUCCAGCCUACAACUCGGUUUGGCCAGAUCCGUGCCCAGAAUAAUCACAUUAUCGACAAAGAAUUCAUAGGCACUGUCGCCCGUCUCAAGGCCACAGCCGUGAACGAAACGUGUAAUACAGCGAUUACACCCCAGUGUUUAAAGGAUCUGUACAACUUUGCCGAUUACAAAGCGGAUGCCAACGCAUCCGUCACUCUUGGUGUCACUGGGUAUCUGGAACAAUACGCACGAUUCAAAGAUCUGGCUUCGUUCUCGUCCAUCUACGCACCAUGGGCUGUCGGUAGCAACUUCACCUGGACUUCGGUCAAUGGUGGAAUUCUCGACCAACGCGCCACGAAUGACAGUGUGGAGGCCAAUUUAGAUAUUCAAUACACCACUGGCCUUGUCGCACCAGAAGUUAAGACCAAUUAUUACAGCACUCCUGGCCGCGGUCCACUUGUUCCUGAUCUAGACCAGCCAUCACUCGACGAUAAUCAGAACGAGCCAUACUUGGAGUUCUUCACCUAUCUGAAUAGCUUGGCAGACACCGAACUCCCGUCGGUACUCACUACCUCGUAUGGGGAGGACGAGCAGAGUGUUCCAGCCGAGUAUGCAAAGAAAGUUUGCGAUCUCAUCGGACAGCUCGGCACUAGGGGCGUAUCCGUUCUCUUUUCCAGCGGUGACACAGGCGUUGGAUCAGCAUGUCAGACGAACGACGGGAAAAACACCACUCGCUUCUUGCCAAUCUUCCCUGCAUCAUGCCCCUAUGUUACGGCGGUUGGAGGAACCACAAAGAUAAAUCCAGAGGAGGCCAUCUACUUCUCUUCUGGUGGAUUCUCUGAUCUUUGGGAUCGUCCAUCCUACCAGGACGUUGCUGUGACUGAUUAUCUUACGAAGUUGGGCAGCCAAUGGGAGGGGCUCUACAACCCCAACGGCCGUGGUUUCCCAGACGUUGCUGCACAAGGCGCCCGCUUCCGUGUGAUUGACAAGGGCACACAAAUUUCCGUUGGUGGUACAAGUGCGUCUGCACCCGCAUUUGCGUCGAUAAUUGCACUGCUUAACAACGCUCGUAUAUCUGCCGGAAAGCCGGCACUCGGAUUCCUCAAUCCAUGGAUCUAUGAACAGGGCUACAAGGGCCUGAACGACAUUGUGAAAGGUGGGUCAACUGGCUGCACAGGUCGCAGUGUCUAUUCCGGCUUAAAGGCACCUUUUGUACCUUUUGCAUCGUGGAACGCGACAGAAGGUUGGGAUCCCGUAACAGGAUAUGGAACUCCCGAUUUCGGAAAACUGCUCCAGAUCUCAGAGGGUGGCAUAUAUGGCGGUCGCCGUGGUCUCAAUGGAGGACGAUACUAGAUUCUUUGUGAUAUGGUUUUCUUCCCACUGCUGCACAUAUAUACAGUCGAGCCGACUAGAGCCCGAUUCUCACGAAACGACAGAGAUCUAUCGAAUUAUUUACACUGAUGUGUGUAAGAAAGAAUGACAUCACUUUAUG